AUGGACGGCGCUAAAUUACAUAACAUUUUGACCUCAAAUUAUGAGCUGCACACCUUAACAGGCCACAGCGGUAAAGUGAUGGCGGCAAAGUUUCUCGGCGAACCCACCAAAGUAAUAACCGGCAGUCACGACCGAACCCUUAAAAUUUGGGAUCUUAGAAGUAGAAUGUGUACAGAAACUAAGUUCGCAGGAUCAUCUUGUAACGACCUUGUGACGUCAGACGGUGCGGGCUCGACUAUCAUCUCCGGACACUUCGACAAACGGAUUCGCUUUUGGGACAUACGAACGGAAAUGUCGGCCAAUCACAUCAUGUUACAGGGCAAGGUCACUUCGCUCGACCUCAGUAGAGAUAGCAAUUACCUGCUGGCAUGUGUCCGAGACGAUACUAUACAACUCAUAGACUUGCGAAUGAAUACAAUAGUACGUUCUUUCAGUCACGAAGCGUUCAAGGUGGGUUGCGACUGGUCGCGGGCAGCGUUCGGGCCGGGCGGGCGGUUGUUAGCCGUAGGGGCAGCGGAUGGCGCCGUAUAUGUAUGGAACACACACUCGGGGAAACUUGAAGCGGUGUUAAAGGAUCACUCGACUGCAGUAACGGCGGUGUCAUGGCAUCCACAAUCUGGAUUGUUGGCGUCGGUAGAUCGAGGAAAGCGGGCUGUCAUUUGGGGAGACUUG